AUGUUUAAUUUUUAUUUCGUUAUUAUAGGUGUUGGCUCUAUUGGUACGUUUCUUGAAGGUCCAGUUAUUGGUUGGAUUGUUGUUCAAUACGGUUGGUCAGCUAUGUUUGCUUGCAUGAUUUUAUUAAGUGUCUUUGGAGCAAUAACAUCAAUUCGAGCUGCUCGUUAUCAACGUAAGAUCAAACUUUCAUCAGCUUCAUCAUCAUCAUCAUCACUCAAUCAAAUUAUUUCGUAG